AUGUUCCGAUUCACCGUGUUUCCCUUUUUUACACUUAUCGUUAUAGAAACAUACGUGGCACCCCCAUUCGUGGCAGAAGAUGUUCUUGAAAGCAUCAAGCAAACAUUCGAGGUAUUGUUGAAAUACCCAUGGGAGAUAUGCAAUCCACGACAGAUACAGACCAGCAUUUUUGUUGGCAAGGUAUUUGUACGCAUCGGAGCAAAGAGGCGACAGAUAGGGAGCGCUGUGGGUGUUCUUGCUGUUGCACGUACCAGACGAUGUGAGACUAGUGACAUGCGUAUCAUCACAUUCGUCAUGGCCUUCUAUGCCAUGCCCAUAAGCGUUGGUGAGAGCGUUCAUAAGCUCUGUCGGCGGAUCAUAAAGUGCGAUGGACUUGUCCUUAAUUGUGGAUUCAAUUGCAGUCUGAAGUCUGUCGACGCCAUACCUAGAAGUAUCAGCCCAUUGGCCAACAAGCGACAAAGCGAAACCAAAGUGCUCUGGAAGGGUAACUGGUGGUUUGGGCGACAGGCAAAAGAGGGAUGA